CUAGCAGAGCCCGGUGUCUCGGUUGUCCUCGCGCUCUGAUUGACCAGCAAACAAACUCCCAACGAUAUCAUUUUUUCUUCCCUCUUUUUGCUUCUUCCGUGUUUGCAACCACUUCAUGGCGCCAAACCGUAUGUGUGACCCUCUCCAGCCACGCUAUCCCUUUUUCCCUCGUUUGCUCGGCCGUUUCCCCCUCUCUGCUCUCCCGUGUUGGUCUGGGUAAACACAGCCAACCCGGUUCGGAAAGUCUGCCGCUGCACGCUGCAGACUGCAGUGCGCCCGCUGGUUCCUCCUCAACCUCUUUCACAACAUCUCCAACGAGACAAGGCCAAUUCAAUGAGCCCGUGUUGACCUUCAAUGCCUUCGAUUUCAGACACGUCGUCCGCCAUUGGCAGUAGGAGCAGCAGGACCGGGCCAUAGUAGGUAGCUCUACCACACCGGGCUUGCCGUUGCGCGCCAUGGGCCCCGAAUUAGUACCGUCGUCUGUAGCGACUGGGCCGUCGACGCGGCCACUUCACCAACAACAACAACCACAACAACAACAACCAAAGGAGCUCCCAUUUCGGGUUACAGCAUCCUCUGAGAGGCUCCUUAAUCAGCACCCGCCGAGGAUAGGGAAUGAAAGCAAGCGGGCAAAGCCGGGUAGCAGGGCAGCAGGUCUCGGGUUGGCCAAGACAAAACUCUGGGUUUCUGCCGGUUCGCAAUCCAAACCACUAUUGCCCGUGACCGAGCGCGCGUCACACGAAGAGAACCUUGCGGGGCGCCGGGCGAAGAAGGGUAGCCGGGAUGAGGACAGGUGGGACAUCACCCCCGACGGGGGCUCGGCCGGUCGCGAGGGGAGGCAGUUCGCCGUGGCCAAUGUUGGGAACAAUGGCCGCAUUUAUUUGAGGCCGACCGUUCGCCCCGCAAACCAGCGGUACCCUCAGCCACCUUUUGUUUUUCCUAUGACGCCGCCGGGCACCGCGGGAUUGGAGGCCAUAGCCCCGGAACAACGCCUGGGCCUCGACGCGCACCCCCAGCUUCCCCUCCGUAACUGGACACCGUCGCACCCUCCGUCGUCUUCGCCUAGUCCCGCCCUUGGGAAGAGCGGCGAGAAACAGCUGAAAACACGCCAGAGGCACCGCCGUGCCCUGUCGGAUUCGACAUUGCCGGAUGCGAGCAUCGCACGAGAAUCUGAGCCGGGGGGUUUCAAGGUGGUGAUUACACAACCGGGUGAGGACGAGAGGCCGAGGACUGUGGACGAGAUGGACUUGCACCAACCGCCAUCACUAGAAGUCGCUAUCCCGUCGUGGAGGAUAGGCACGCCCAGGUUUAGCAUUCGGGGGACGCCAUUCAUUCGAGGCUCUUCAUAUGCCCCGACCGAGGAGAUGCGCUCCAGUAGCACAUCGUUUCUCCGCCUCACGCCCCUAGACGGAACCUCGAGCAAUUCCAGGAACGCGAGUUUCUUCCGCAUGUCAGGAAUGCUAUCCCCCUGGGCCGAUCCUACCGACAUCCCCAGCCAUACAUCAGCUCGUCCUCCCGCCCGCCCGCGAGCCACCUACAUGUCGACCCACCUCGUAAUUGAGCCGCCCAUGUUUGACGUCUUGACCUUCAAACCCGCCUGUGACGACCGCGCCAUUGUUCGGUACUCGAAUGCCGGCUCCGUUACCGCCGCCACCCCGCCCCGCUUGGUCGCCGAGAUCACAUCUCCCACCUUCGUCGAUUACGAACUUUUGUCCGACUUUUUUCUCACCUACCGGUCUUUUCUUGAGCCAUCCGAUCUCCUGCGCAUGCUUUUUGCCCGACUUCGCUGGGCACUGACCAGGGCCGAUGAGGUUGGCCAGGUGGUAAGGGUCCGUACCUUCGUUGCCCUGCGCCAUUGGAUCCUCAACUACUUUAUGGACGACUUCCUGGUAGACCACAGCCUACGUGUCACGUUUUGUAGUCUGUUGAACGACCUCGUCGCCGAAUUCUUGCGGGACCCCAAAACGCCCAAAGUACCGCUCAAAAUUCUAGCUGAAUUGAAAAAGUGCUGGCGGAGGGUCUGCGCACAAUUUUGGGACGGACCCGCGUUCGACACCACACUCGGGCCUGAUAUUCUGGUUUCUCCCGGGGGGAUCGCAGGCCACCGCGACUCACAGCUUGACCCAACAUUCUGGUUAGAAAAUGGAGCCGAACCGCCCCAGCUGGACGACCUGAUAUUCCCCACCAGCCCCCGCGGUCACUCGAGCUUCUACGGUGGUCUGGCGAGAGCCGGUCAUAUCGACGCCGUUGUAGCGGGUGACCGUCCAGCGACACCCGAGGUUGCCGUAGACAGCGAGCGCGCGGAAAGGAACGGCGCCAUCUCACCAACCAGCAUCACCAGCGUGGACGUGGUCUCUUGUUCGUUUCCGACCAAAAACACACGGCCCAUGCGCCCGGGCGCUGGCUACCCAGCUGCGCACCCAGCUGACCCCAGCUCUUUAACCAACUCCGGUCCGGUUGCUACCACGCCUCGCGCACUAGUUGGCAAGCGGGCCCGCCCGCAACCUUCUCACAAGCGAAAUGUCAGCCUUAGCGAUUCCCUGCGCGAGCAGCCGACGACAGAGAAGGGUCUUUAUAAGAAUGCCGAAUUCCUGCUAGCACUUCCCUAUGCAGGCAGCCUAGUUCGCGGCGAUUUCCUACCGCCCUCCCAGGCCCUCGUCGAGGUCCCCCCACCGAUGGUGAACGGGAGACAAACUACAAUCUUUCAACCAGCACAGGUUGAUCUAUUGAAAGAAAGCACAGUGGCAUCCGCCAUGUCUGGUCAAGGGAUGAAGAGGCUUCUGGGGAGCGUGCGGCGGGCUUUGAGCACCAAGGGGCAAAACCUAUCACCAACCCAGGGCACCUUCAUCAACAUCUCUCCGAUUGGACCAAGGGGUGCGACCACCAACAGGCUCCCGGGCACUCCAAUAGUACCACAGGCCCGAAGCCGCCAGAACCGCGGCCGUCCUUCCGUACGGAUCGAUUUGCUCGGCGCCGAGGUUGCCGAGGACUUUAAAAAGGCUGUGCGAGAAGACACCCAAGCUCAAUCCGAGAGAUCAGACGAACCUCCCCGUCCCGCCGAUCCUCAGACGGGUGAUGGUACGGGGGAUUUCUCGACCUCUCACUUACACACCUCUCCCGCGGCGUUCUCGCAUGACUUCGUGGUCACACGACCGACGAGCGAUAUGGGCAUCACUACUGGCAGCAAAUCCAUCGUUAUUGUAGACGACACAUCAGUUCAAGACGACUAUCCUUUCAUGACAGGUGCGUUGCCAGUUGCCAACUCGUCGGUGGACGCAUUUUCCGAAGCCUUCGCGCCGAACGGUGCGGAUCCAACGCCACCGAACACACCGCCGGGCCGUGCUAUGGGCACUCCCAGAAUGUCCUCAUACAUACUUGGUCAGGACCUUGCGCAUAAUUCACUGUUAGCCGGCCCGCUACCUCCCUUCGUUCCGGAUAUGAAUACCCUAGGGCAAAGUGGACGUCCCUCCGAGGACCAAACCAGACCCUCGCUUGAUUAUUUAGACGAGGACUCGAGUCCACCUUUCGCUGACGACGAGAGAGGACAUGUGAGGCAAUCUUCGAGUCGGUCGUAUGCAUCCAAUCACUCGGGAGGCCACGUUCGCCGCUCGUCCUUCAAUAGCGAGAGCUUCCACCAUCUCACCGUCCGCAGCUUCGAUGCCACGACCGUUUCGGGCCAGUCGAUCGGCGACUCGUCUCCGGUUAUGGCUCCCGAGCCGCUUCGGGUUCUGAGGCGAAGACCAGGCGGCGAUCUCCGCGCCGUCACUACCGUCGGCGAUCUGGACCCAGCUACGCUUAGGAGGUCGCGGUCGGUCGGGUCCCUGACAACAUAUAGCGAAUCUAUCCGCAGCUCGUAUCUUCGCAGCGCCGUUGCAGACUCUAGCGGCUUUGUGGAUGUUGUCGCCAGUGAUUACUCCCCCGGCCACGCCAAGACAUUCUCUCUGGGCGCCAUCGCCGAGAAGAAACCGAAGCAGAACUUGUCCCUAUUCAGCACCCACUCGUCCAAGCCGAUCAUGCGACCGUCGUUUGAAGCCGAGGCGCAGAAACUCGCGCAGAUUCCUGACGACAUGGACGAUGAUGGGGGCGUUGAGUCUGCACUGUUGAAGCUGGAGGGCAAAUUCCCGACAAGAAAGGCUGGACUCAAACUGUCAAUGGACCUGAGGCCGGCACAGGACAUCGAUGCUACUCCGGACUGGGAGGGAGGAUACGAGGAGAAUGAGGCCAUCGAAAGAGAGGAGGAAGAACACCACGAGGCAGAAGUCGAGCCUCAGCCUUACCCGCCGAGCUCCUCGACCGCGCCUUCCACCAUCACACCCCAGGCCGGCCUAUUGAACGUGGCUGAUAGCCAGGGACACCACAGCGUUGUGCAGUCCUUCUUGUCGGACGAUUCAAGGGCGUCUUAUUCGUCGAUACCAUUGCUGGAACGUGGUUUGACUGAUGAUGGGCGGACGGCAACUCGGGAAUGGACAGACCGGUCCAUCCUCCAGGGACCCGACGACGAUGCGUCAACGCCGGACAACCGCAGCAUCCACGACUCGCAGCAUCCUUCGUACGAGUUCAUCUCGAAAACAGACAGCAUCGGCCUAAUUCGACAAGGAGCCACCAUGCCCGAAGACGAGUCGGCACGGGACAGCCUCGAGCAGUCGUUCCUGGAUGUCGACAGCGAUAACGAGAGUGUUAUCUCCUCGGAGUUAUCUGCAGAGGCUCUUAUUCAAGAGGCCGAGGAUCGUGAAUUCUCGCCAAAUGACAUUGGAGUUGCCAUAUCCACCUUGCCGGCCCAUCCUCUGGCUGAAAACCCGCGCACCCCAAGGCCGCCGUCCCCAACCAUCACACUCAUGCAGGCUCUCCAAAUGUCUCCCGAGGCCGUCUACGUCCCGACGCUCCAACACCAUCAAGUGUGCGAGAAGCCACUGCCACCCACCCCCGACACCACACCAACAACAACAGCGCCGCCGUUUCUCCGCUCGCCGCUUUGUUCGCCCGCAGAUCCAACCGGGACCAAGGAGGCACUACGCAACGCUCCAACCCUCGAGAUCCCCGAUCCUGUCAGCAGGCCUCUCAACACGCCACUUAGCAAAUACUCGGUUCACCUGCCCUUCAUUCUCGCCUUUGACAGCGACAUCCUAGCGCAACAAUUCACUCUCGUCGAGAAGGACGCGCUCAACGAGAUCGACUGGAAAGAGCUGAUUGAGAUGCGCUGGAAGAAUGCUGAGCAAAAUGGCAUCCACGUGCGCAGCUGGGUGUCCUUCCUGCGCGACACGGACGCUCGUGGCGUUGAGGUGGUCAUCGCACGCUUCAACAUCAUGGUCAAGUGGGCCGUCUCGGAGAUCGUGUUGACACAAGACAUCGAGGAGCGCGCGCGCUGCAUAAUCAAGUUCAUCCACAUCGCCGCCCAUUGCCGCCGCUACCGCAACUUCGCUACCAUGAGCCAGGUCACCAUUGCGCUCACCAGCAACGAGGUCAGCCGGCUCAGCAAGACGUGGGCUAUGGUCCCCGCGAGCGACAAGCGCACGCUAAUGGAGCUGGAGGCGCUCCUGUCACCGACGAGGAACUUCUACAACAUGCGCGCCGAGAUGGAGGGCGGCGGCGCGUCCGUCUCCGGGAUGGGGUGCAUCCCCUUUGUGGGGAUAUACACGCAUGACUUGCUGUUCAACGCGCAAAAGCCGAGCGAGAUUGCGAGCUCGCCCACCGCCGCGCCGCUCGUUAACUUUGAGCGCUGCCGGACCGCGGCCGGUGUGGUCAAGACGUUGCUGCGGCUGCUCGAGGCGAGCAUGCUGUACAAUUUCCAGCCGAUCGAGGGCAUUACCGAGCGCUGCUUGUGGAUGGGCGCGUUGGGGGAUGAGGAGAUCAGGCGGUUGAGCGAGGGUUUGGAGUAAGCCCACUUGGGCUUGAAGCUAUCACAGAAGAAUGAUGGCGGGUGAGAGGAGACACAGCGGCAGCAACCUCGCAUAACGGCCAACGCCAACGCCCUCACUCGACACGGCAACCACUGCUCACACCACCGUUGUCGUUUCAACACCCACGAUGCGAUACCUCACAGCGAACAUCGCCAUCAUCAUCGCCAUGCUCCAAAUAGACGACCGGUCUGCUCACGCACCAGCUGUAUCACUACAUCGUUUUACGUUUCAAAAACCGCGCCAUCUCGUUUCU